AUGUCUGAAUCGUCGAAUGAUGCAACCGUGACAGCUACAGCAACAGCGAAUAAUAAUACCAACUACAAUAACUCACCAUCGCCAUAUCAUAUGGUGACACGAUCCUCAUCCAAUGCUUCGUCACCAAAGGGAGCUAUCACGGAUAAGGAAAAAGAUCUGAUAUCACCACGAAAGGAUAAAUUAAGCAAAGAAUCGAAGAAACAAGCGAUGGGUGACAUUCGCAGUAGCAAUGACCCGACGAAAUCUGUCAUCGAAUCAACUAUCUCACGUUCUGCUAGUGAUAAUGCUAAUAGUAGAAAGUCAUCAAAUUUGCUAAAAACUGAUACGAAAACAACUGAAAAUAAAAAAGUACAAACAGUACACCCAUUGAAUGAAAACCGUCGUUGUGGUAACGUCUUUUAUGCUGGUUAUGGCGGACGUGGUUUCAUUAACUGCGGGUCUCGUUCAACAAUUUACACUUCACGUGAUUACUGGCGUCCUCACUCGACCACUAGUUACAACGGCAAUGGUUCGCGGCGGUGGUAUCCUGGUGCAAUGAGUGAUCACACUAAAGAUAUUGUAACUAGAAAUGCAUCUGAAAAACAUAGCGCUGGAAAUGGAAAUGAGCGUACUGCUUCCAACUUUGAGUCAUCAAAAAAUGCUAACUUUCAUAGAUCGCAAGUGACACGAACAUUUCAUAAUGGAACAUUACGUGCUAAUCGUACACGGCGUGGUAACGUAUCAAUAAGUUCACGAGAUCAUAAUUCUGAACCCAUUUCCCAACGUUUAAUAGAAUAUUUUAUCAAUAAUGAAAAUUCAUCACCUAUUAAUGAAGCUUGUCAUUUCUCCAGCAAUAAUGCAAUUUUCAACCAAAGACAUGGAAAAUUCCCAAUCAUUUAUGCCACACCAACAGGAACCAUCUCAGUUUUACUCGAUAAAGGUGUUACAGUUGAGAUAACAGUUGAUCGAGCUGUCCGAGUACUCUGCUACGAUAAAUUUUCGGCAGUUUGCAAUGGAAAUGGUAAUAGCUCAUGCUUGUUGCAUAAAAAAGCUCGCAUAUUCCAGCAGGAAGAGAAAGUUUUCUGUAAUUUCGGGUCAAACUUAAAUGAAAAAGCAGCAGUAUUCGGUACACAGGGUGUAUUAUUCACGAUGUCACAUCUUACCGAAGCUUAUUUGGUAUCUUCGACAAUUCUUAAAGGCACUUUGCCAGUUUCUCUUGGACGUUUACAAUUCCCAAGUUUGGAUUAUGAUUUCACUGUGCAUAUGUUUUUCACUGAUUCACAAAAUGGUGAUCAGUUCACAGAAUUAUGCAAUGAAAUUGCACAAGAAGCUCGUUACGGAACACGUGAUGGUAUUCUCACCAUUACCAUUAAUGGAGUUUACAUAAAGCAAAAUGAACGCGGUGACGUGGAGGUGAACUGUCGUCCAAAACAUAUCAGCUGCUCACCACUUGAUAAUAUCGUACAUGUGCGCACAAAUAUGGUUGAUAUGGCUCUUCAAGAAGAUGACAAAGCAUUUGUGAAGAGAGGACUGAAACGUGUUCACGUAAGUCGUAGUGGAAUGGUUGUGUCCGAUGGUAACUGCAUAACCUCGAUGGAUCACUUCGGACAUAUCAUCUCGUCAGCGUGA